UCCGGGACAUUGCACAUAUCGUUGAUAGACUUCUGGACUCCUUGACUUUGCUUUCAAUAUGUCUUUUCCGCCUAUUCGAUUCGCUCCUUUCCAAUUGUCGAGCGCACCUUCAUCAAGUCAAGCAAACACGCAACAACCUGCCCAGCAGCCACAGACGCCAGCGACGUCCGGUACAUCUGCAAAUUCCAACACAUCGGAAAACUCUACAUCAAAUACGGCCAGUUCAGAUACGACAGACUCGCAGAAUACGAAGUGACCUACAAGGCAUAUCGCGAAGGCACUGGGCAUCUAUCCCGCUUUAUGCAUUACACUGCUUUAACGAUUUUCUUUGUUCGCUCCAGAAGGGACCAAAGCAAUACAAAGAUUGAGUAACGCAACCAACAAUUAUGUCGAACUGAGGUUGGGAUAGAGUUGCUUCUAUGUCUACUGUGUCCGUUGUUCAGACCUUCC